AUGAUUCUGCUGCUUUUCGACCAACCUGACCUCCGUGAGCGUUUGAUUUAUAACGUAAAGAUGGCAGACAAAAGGUAUGUUUGCUUCGGUCAAAACCCUAGGGUUUCCCCUAGCUUCCAGCUCGGAGCUAAUUGGGAGGUUUGGAUUGAGGGGAUGAUCUUUGUUGCCUCGUCUUGGUGUAAUCCCUAUACUUUAGGAGGGUCUUAUAAGGAGUUCUCUGGUGCCAGGACUUGCAUGUUAAUUGGUUACUUGUGGAUCUGUCCACAUCCAGAGCAGACAUGCAUGUGGAAUAUAUACUUAUUCCAGCUAUUUUCCCUCCAACAGCUUUUCCAUUGGUUGAACACGGGCAUACCAGUUAUUCAAAGUAAUUUCAACUGCAAGCAGCUUCAUCAGACUCUGCAAGAGAAUAUUAUUUGGGCGGGUUUGUACAGUGGGAGACAAUCCCAAGAUCAAUAUGGAAGACGAUAUGCAAAUCCAAAACUCUAUGCUCUAAAUGGAAGCAGUGACAGCCCUGGCAUCUCCAGUUCAAUAUUUAACUCUGAUAAGCAUAAGAUGAUUUAUGCAACAGAAUCUUGCAGCAGUGACAGCUAUGAUCCAAAUUACUUUCUUGACUCCCCAACAGAAGAAGUUAUGAAUUUAUCUGGCUCUGGUCACUCAGUAAAUCAAUUUCAUUCACAAAAUCCAUUUAACUCUUUUAUGGCUAUGAGACAACAGGAUAUUUUUGGGUCUGAGUACUUGGAAAGUCAUAGUGCAGACACUGUAGAUUACAAUGGAGAUAAAAUGAGGUUGAAGCUUCAAGAAUUGGAGAGGGCACUUCUGGAUGAUAAUGUCGAUGAAGAAGAAGAUGCUUUUGGCCCUGAUCGUAGCAUGGAGAUUAAUGGUAAAUGGGCCGACCCAAUCUGUGAUGCCCUGCUACAUGAUUCGCCAAAGGAGUCUUCUUCUGCAGAUUCUAAUCUUAGCAGCAUUAGCUAUAAGGAUGUAUCACUGACAUCAUCUCCUCAGACGCCCAAGGAGUUGCUUUUUUAUUGUGCAGCAAUGAUUUCAGAGGGACACAUUGAGGAAGCCUCAAACAUGAUAAAUGAUCUCCGCCAGAGAGUAUCAAUCCAAGGAGAGCCAUCCCAGAGAAUUGCUGCUUACAUGGUGGAAGCUCUAGCGUCUCGAAUGGCUAAGUCAGGCAAAGGCCUUUAUAAAGCUCUAAAAUGUAAAGAGCCCCCCUCUAAUGAUAGAUUGUCUGCCAUGCAAAUCCUCUUUGAGGUUUGCCCUUGUUUCAGGUUUGGCUUUAUGGCAGCAAAUGAAGCAAUCAUUGAAGCGGUCAAGAAUGAAAAGCGGGUCCAUAUAAUAGAUUUCGACAUAAAUCAAGGGAGUCAGUACUUAACACUGAUACAAACUAUUGCCCGUCUUCCUGGUAAGCGGCCCCACUUGAGGUUGACAGGUGUUGAUGACCCCGAAUCCGUUCAACGUGCUAUUGGAGGGCUAAAGCUCAUUGGCCAGAGGCUUGAGAAAUUAGCAGAAGAUCUUAACGUGUCAUUCAAGUUCCAUGCAGUGGCGGCAAAGACCGCGGUUGUGUUUCCUGAAAUGCUGGGCUGUCGGGCUGGUGAAGCCAUCAUGGUGAACUUUGCAUUUCAGCUCCACCACAUGCCUGAUGAGAGCGUUUCCACCGUGAAUGAGCGGGACCAGCUUCUUCGGAUGGUUAAGGGCUUGAACCCAAAACUUGUUACAAUUGUUGAACAAGAUAUGAACACCAACACUGCACCAUUUUUACAAAGGUUUGGCGAAGCCUACAGUUACUAUUCUUCUGUAUUUGACUCUCUCGAUGCAACCCUUCCAAGGGAUAGCCAGGACAGGUUAAAUGUAGAAAAGCAAUGUCUGGCACGUGACAUUGUGAAUAUUGUUGCUUGUGAGGGAGAGGAAAGAAUAGAACGGUAUGAAGUUGCAGGGAAAUGGAAUGCCCGGAUGAUGAUGGCAGGUUUCACUACUUCACCAAUUAGUUCAAGUGUGAAAGAAUCAAUUAGAAAACUUAUCAAGCAGUACUGUGACAGGUACCAGGUGAAGGAGGAACUGGGUGCCCUCCACUUUGGGUGGGAAGACAAAGUGUUGGUUGUUGCCUCAGCAUGGAGGUAA